AUGGGAAAUGGACAGGGGAAAAAUCGGCUUAUCGUUCACGGAACGAAUGAAUUCUUAAUAGAAAAGAAACAGAAAUUUUCCCUGAUUAACAUAAAAAAUUCAGCACACAUUAAGGACAUAUACAACGGGCCAAAUAACCUAAUAAUUAUAUACGAAAAUGAUGACUUUGAAAUUGUGGGGUUAAAUAAUUAUGGCCAGCUGGGUCUGGGCGACAAAACAAAUAGAAUCAAAUUGACCCUCAACCCAAUUUUGUCCAAACAGAAAGUACGAAAGGUGUCAUGUGGGUAUGAACAUAUUAUUGCCUUAAUGUGCAACCACAACGUUUUCGUCUGGGGAAAUAAUAACUGUGGCCAAUUAGGUAUCGGAAAUAACACGGAUGAAAUUUCUAUGCCACUGCUCAUUUACUUUCAAGAGAAAGUCAUAGACAUUGCGUGUGGUAAAAAUCACUCCCUUUUUUUAACCGAAUGGGGAGAUGGAAAUGGCGAGGGUCACUUGGGUGCAUCCGAGGUGAAGGUGAGGGAAGAAGGGGGGACAUCCCCCUGUAUGAUGAAGGGGGAAAAGGAAGUGGGUUCAAGGUGCCUCAGCGGAAUUGACAUAAAUAUUAAUGAUGGGGACGUGGGCAGCAGCCACGUACAAGACGAUGACGAUGAGGACGAAGAUGAUGAAGACGAUGACGAUGCGGAUGAUAGUGUGAACGACUGCGCUGAUUCCCGUGCUGACUCCUGUUAUGACCGGCACAUCUUCUCCUGCGGCUCCGGGGAAGACGGAAAACUUGGCUUCAAGCGUGAGGAAAACGUGUACUUCCCCAAAAAAAUCGAAUUAAAAAAAAAAAUCAAAAUUACUAGCAUACACGCCAGCUACAACCACAACGCUCUAAUAACAAGCAAAGGGAUGUUAUACACCUGGGGGGGAAACCGAAAUGGUGAAUUGGGCAUAAAAAGCAACAAAUCAUCAAGUUACAAAAUUAAAAAAAUUGAUAUACCGAAAAAUGACACCGUGGUGAAGGUAUCCCUAGGAAAAUUAUACUCAGCCUGUUUAACGAAAAAUCAUAUUUUCUACAUUUGGGGAAAUAACAUUCGGGGGAUUAAAAAAAUGAGCAACAUGGCCAAUGUGCGCAUCAGACAUUUUGCAUGCAAUGACGAUAAUAUUAUCAUAUUGACAGAAAAUGAAAAAUUGUUUUUAUUUGAUUCUUCCAAAAAGGUGCAAUGCAUGAAUACACUCCUGAAUACAAAACUGGCCCAUGAUAAGAAGGGAAGCAAUAACCUUAUUAAAUACAACUCUGUGGGAAAUGGACGCAACUAUUUAUAUGCCUACAUUAGUAUGGGCACGAAAGAUGAUGUUAACGUUAAGGGUGACCACCUUAUUGUGGAAGAAAAUUGUGAGGACCGUCAUUUGGUGGAGCGCGCAACAAGUACAACUACUAACAUGGAAGAAAAGAAAAUGUUCUCCCCGAUGGAACAUGAAGUAAAGUUGAGACAAACCGAAAGGACGGGAUCACUCUAUCGUCAGAUUCAUGCGAACGAAGGUGUCCAUUUUGUGGAUUCCCUGGGGAAUACAACCACUCAAGAUGGAGCAUCUUUUUCAGGCGCAGGAGGAGGUGCAAAAAUGGGGAAUGUACAUGCUUAUGUAGUGCAGACAAAAAAGGAACUUGAAAAGGGGAAAAGGUACGAAGGCGAGGGGAGGAAUGAAAAAAGCGAUGGACUUGGAGAAAAGCAAACUGGAGUAGAGGAAGACACAGUCUCCCGUGUUAGCGAUGCAAAGGACGAAUUGGAAAAAAAACAAUUUACGGAGGAAGAGGCACGUGCCGACCUUCCCCUUCUUGAAGUUAAUAAGGAAGGGCAUUUCUUCAGAACAUUCAGCAAUUUUAGGAAAAGUAAAAACAAAGUGGAACAGAACGAUUCGUAUUUGCAGGAAGUGCGCGAAGGGGGGCAAAAAAGGGCAAACAAAAACAGCACUACUAAGGGCAAUAAUAUACACCAUAAUGUACGCGAUAAUAGGAGGGACAAAAAAAAAGAAGCGAAACGUAAAAACGGUGUAGAAGAUCACCUCAUCCAAAACGUAAGCUAUAUGAAGGCAAAUUCGAUAAACGCGGAAGAUGUAACUAUGGGGGGGGACUACAUACUGAAGCACACCGAGCUCAUCAUUAACAGGAACAGGCAUUGUUUAGAUUUCUUAUCACUUGACGGCGAACUGAAGUUACACUGCGACAGUUUUGGACACAAAAAAGGACGAAAUGCACAAAGGGGAAAUAAAUAUGGCCGUAAAUACGGAGGGGGACAACACCCCAUGUCCACUACUGGGGAAGAUAAAUACGCCCAGCUAAAUAUCGUCCUACUGCAGGAACUAAAGAAACAGAAAAAAAUAAACGUCGUUUAUUGCCACCUGCUGAAUAGGCUCCAGAGGGAGCUAAGCCAAUUGAGGGAGGAAAAAAAAAAUUUUAAAAGGAAAAUUUCGAAUCUGCAAAAAUUUGCAAAUUUAAAGAGAAAUGUAACCCCAGGUAAAGGGCAGAAAAAUGAAGGCGUUAAUUUCGAUUUGUUCUCAGAAGGAGGGGCGAAAAAAGGUGCUUGCGUUGCUUCGUGUAAUGGUUAUGCUGGAGGGGGAAAUUACGUGCAUUUGGGGGGUGCACAUAAUGAUGAGGAUGGAGGCAACCACAACGGCCCCUGUGACCGCUGUCAUGACAACGGAAAUAAUGGGUGCACCUUUUCGCUAAACCAAUCUGAGGACCUAAUAAAUUUCACAAACGAAAACGAGCCGGGGGUCCCAAACAAUUUGCAGGUUUUAGACGAAGUAGCCCCCGAUUUGUUCCUCAAAAGGAAAGAUGAUGACCAUAAUGAUAAACUGAACAAUAUUCCAAUAUUUUUUUUGCAUAGUUAG